AACAGCCAAAACAGUGGUGCUGAGGCUUUUGCCUAAUACCAGUGUGAUAUUGAAUUUCAAGAAGUUGAACUGAAGUUGACAGCAGCAUUGUAUUCACACAAUAAGAUAGGUGCUAGGUCGGGUUUCAAUGGAACGGUUUCAUGUCACUCUAUGUGAGGUGGAUUUGAAUGGAGUCUAUCUCUGGGAGACUGAAUACACAGGAGAUAAAGUGUCAGGAAAUUGCUAUUAUAUUACACCUGUUCUUAUUACACAGACAAUAACUACAUCUACAAGGGAAAAUGCUGGAAAAAAAUUUUUUUUCAUCUCUAAAGCAGUGUGGGACUGAGGGGAUCAUUUGAGAGGUUAAUUCAACGGUUAAACCAUUUGGGAGGAAAAACUACAGUAAAAUCAGGUGACAUGUGGUGCUGGGUUAAACAACAUUUAUUUGGCAGUUGCCACGGCAACACAGAGGUCAGCUGUUAAUACUCUCCACCUACUGAGUGGGUAGUGUGUUUUUCACUGAGACUGGAAUUUUUACAAACAUUUAAAAGUGAGCGCAACAUACACUGAGGUACUUAAUUUUAGCAUAAAAUCUAAAAGUCCCGUGGCAUCUGACAUGGAACAAAACUCAAGUACCAUUAAGUAAGUACUACAGAUGGAAAAGUGAAGAACUCUGUGUACUGUACAUUUACUAGUCUUAUUCAGGCAACAAGUUAACUUCUGUUUAGGAAAGACAUUAAAGAAAAAAGACAUACAGCAGGGAAGUAGGAGCACAGUAAGCAGUUCUUUCACCACCACUGCUGAGGGUUGCCUUGUGAACUUUCCAACACCAUAAACGGGGAAAAGGAAAGAACAGCAAAGACGACUCAUCUCACUGGGCGAAAUCAUUGUGAAUUUUACAUUUUUUACUGACACGGAAGCUUCAGGUGUGCUUUUAAAACCCAGGAAUAAAGAGACAGAAUUUAAAAGGAAAGAAAUAUAUUCCCCAAUCCUCGACAGGAAUUUGGAUGCUUCAUCUUUCAAUAUUAAAAAAGUUCACAAAAACCAACAAGCUGUGGAAUGUGCUUAGGCCUAGCUAAAACUCGCUAAAGUAAUAACAUCACUAUCAUGGUGUUCACAAUUCCGUCCACGGCUAUUUCUUCUCAGUUUGGAGUGGGAAGUUUUGAAGUUGAUGACAGUGAGAAGCUGUUAAAAGAUUAUCAGGCAGGUUUUAUACGAGGUAACUGCUUCUUCAUAGAUGAGCAGGGGGAGAGCAGUGGGGGGAAGGAUGAGGAUGCACUGGGCUACGUCAAGAAGAAGGCCUCGUUUGAGGAGAAGUUGGUGGGGAUCAAGGGGCAGCAGAUUGAGCUGGCCUUGCAGAGGUUCAAGAAGUAUAUAGAAAAAAAGGAAUCAUGGGAAAUGCGCCAGAUGGCAGAACAAGUCAACCAUAUCCGCCAUGACCAGCGUCUGCUGGAAAUAGAUCAGCGGAAAAUUCACAUGCAGCGAGAGAGGGCCAUGCAUCCAUGGAAAGAUUUCACCUACGAGGACCUGGCCCUGGCAAACCUGGAAAGAUACUUGAACAAAAACUUACAAAAGAGCUGCUACUUGGAGAAGAAAAUGCCAGUGACUUUACGGUAUCAAGCAGAUCCUAAUUUUGUCUCUCCAACUGUAACAGAAGCAAGGAAAGCUCUACGUCAACAAGACUUUGCAAAAAGCUUGCAAAAAGAGAAGGAAAAACAGACUUUAUUGAAGGAGAAAAAUAAACAAGUUGCUCCUGAUGUGAUAGAACCUCAAAAUGAUCAAAAUGAAAAUAAAGACGAACUACAGCAAGCUACUACUACUUCUACCUUCCCGUCACGUUCUCAAAGUAAAUCAGCCAUGGGGGUGGUUGACAAUUCCACCCACACCUCUCUCGGACCCCGUCCUGCUACCGUCACAGUGCCACAGGGUGAGACUGAGCAAACAAAACUGCCAGGGGUGGAGCCACUGUCCAAAUCAAAAACUACAGUGGUUCCUGGAGAGACCAAAAAGGGAGAGAGUGGCGCUGGACUACAGAAAUAUUUUCUGAAGGUCCAGUUACCCACCAUUGAACAGGUGGCUCUGACAAAUAAACCCUCGAGUGGAGGCUACCAGGGAAGAGACAAGGCACAGAAGAAUGCCACCAUGUAUAAACCUCUCCCGGCCCCCACCAUCGAACCCAUGCAUAUUGACGAAGACGAUGUCUGUGUGAGGAAAAGUGAGGAGGAAAUAGCUCGAAUUAUGCACUUCGUUUUGAACAUGUCACGAGAGGAGGGCCAACCUGAGAUUGAUUACAAACCUCGCCCAAAAACAAUAGCCUCAACCAGGAGGAGGGAGGGAGAGCUCCCUAUACCAAAAUGCAAAAAGGUGAGUCAAGACCAGGUGAAAAGGGAGGCCCGUGAUGUCCACAAGAGGUUCAAGGAAUACCUGAGCAAGCUGGAGCGCCAGAAGAAGGCAGCAGAGGAAGGGAUGCUGGAUGAAUUCGUUAAGGCACUGGAGGAAGAAAAAGCUGAAGAAGCCAAGCAAAAGAUGAAAGCAAUAGCCAAGAAACGCUGGGCCAAUGUUGGCAAGAAGAAAAUCCAGAUGGAACAAGGAGGAGGAGGAGAGAGUCAAGGUAAAGCCAAAAAGAAGAAACAGGACCCACUUCUGCUACAGGCCAUGAUAGCCGCAGCCAAGGCCAAGCAGGAGACGGAGACGUCCAAACCAAAGCGCGGCAUCCCGACCCACUCCCAAAACAGAUCCAUGAGGCACACUGCCACUUUCAAGCUACGCAGGAUGGUGGAUGACCUUUUCAAAAGCAGGUCAACAUACGAGCAACAAGAGUACGACAAGAUCAAGGAGCAGCAGCAGCAACAACUUCAGGCAGAUCCUGCACAACCCACUGUUACAUCUUAGCUUAAUUUUGUUAAGAAACCAACUAUUUUAGUUAUGACAUCUCCAAACAAAAACCCCCAAUUCAUGACAAUGCUUAGGAAGCAAAAAUGAGUGGAUGAAGAAACUGCAGAAGUGAAAGGUCAAGGUCAUCAUACUUUUUAAUGCAUUAAAAUAACUAUAAAUAUAUGUUUUAUAAUAACUGCAUUCUAUUAUUUCACUACUGAGUGACUGUUAAUGUAAAAAUUCCGUUGAUCCAAAGGAGUAAAUUAGACAUUCACGAGAUAAGAGCUCACAGAAUAUUGGUGCAAGUUCCAACAUGACAAACAGUGGUGCCUAUUUUAUAUGUGAUUAAAAGGAGCAUCCUCAUGACAUUCAGCAUGACGGUUUUAUAUAUUAUAUUAAAUCUUCUAGCAUAUACAUUUUUAGACCAUACAAUCACAUUGUACAAAGAGAAGGUCUACAGUAUAUAAUAUUUUUUUUACUGACAAAGAUAAAAUUUGCUGUUAAUUAAUAACUUUCUGUUAGGUUUAAAUAUUGACAUACUUGUUGAAGUCAGACAUCAGGGAGGAUCAGGGGAUUCAAUAAAACCACCCUUUUCCUGAACAAUGAAUAACCACUCACAGUCAGAAUUUGAUCCAUGUUAUUUACCAAUUCUGAAGUGGGUUCAAAGGAAAAGAUGAUAUUAUACAGGCCACUUCUUCAGAAAAAGGAUUCUAGUAUUUGAAAUUGUUGGUGAGAGGCCUGUGAUCACACAAAGUUAACUUUAGAAACCUGAUCACUCACAAACUAGAUAAGCAAGUACUUCUAGAUAUAACUGCAGAUAAUGGGCAUUAGGCACAGUGAGACCAGAUUUAGAUAAAAUAAAAUUCAGAAUGAUGUUUUUUAAAACAGCCCCGAAUGACACGUAGCAGUAUAUCCAAGAGAUGCCACUGUUGCUCAAAUAUUCAUAUAACUGAUGAAUAUUUUUACUUAUACGGUGAUCUUUUAAGAAUCAAAAUGACGUCAACUUAGAACUGAUGUGAACAGGCUGUGCUCUGACUUUUAUAACUUCAUCUUCAGGUACAAUCACAGGAGAGUACUGUUAAUAAGUACCACCAGAUCAUAUCUCUGUCACUUCAUGGUCCAUGACAUGUUUUUCCCAUGCACUGUAUCAUAUUUUACAAAAUAAAUGAUGUUAUGAACUUUGAUGUGCAGGUGUAAUUAU